CACAAGCGAGAAGAAGAAUCUUUUGCAUAACAGCUGAUGCGUUGCUAUAUCAUUUUUAAAAAGCUGUCUUUCAUUUAUUUACGAUGUUUUUAGACUAAAUAAAUGUUAGUAUAAGGCGGUGACUGAUUAGAAGCGAUAGAGCCUCUUGGUGUGAGAAUAUUGACGGUAAAUCUCUCAGAUGGAUGUGAGCAUAGCCGUGUCUCUGAUCCGGGGUCAGAUGGGCACGGUGGUGGAGCGAGCAGUGAACACGGCGGUGGAGACGGUGCUGGCCGAGAUGCUCAAAGUGGUUGGAGUGAAGUUUGAGGAACUGAAGGCUCAGGUGGUGGUGAUGAAGAGGGACGUCAUGGCGCUGCAGAGGGAGAAGGCCCUGAAAGAGAAGGAGAACGACAACAUCCGAGCCAAGCUGCACUACACCGAGCUGAAGCUCAAGUACUACAGGCAGGGAGUGGAGGAGGAGCUGCAGCAGAGGGCAUCAGCCUCCGCGCUGAUCCGUGUCCAGCCGCCCGCCUUCACCCGCAUGCAGAGGGGGAAGGCAGAGCUGCCUGUACCCCGUCCAGCUCACAAGUCUGCAGAGGAAGUACUGUUUAGCAGCAGCCAAGAAUGCACCUCGUCAGAUAGCACAAGCAGACGAGCAGUCAGAGUUUGCUGUCCUUCAGAUGCGACGAGCUCCGACUCAUCGGACCUGCUGCUUCCACUCACACUCACUGUGGGCGAGUCUGUGGACAGCAGCGCAGUUUUAUUUCAUCACUCAGUGCAUGAUGGACCUCAGAGGGAGGAUGUGGACCAGGUGGAAUGGACCGUCACCAUGCAGCCUACAACAGAACGAUGUGCCGAGGCUCCUGAUUCCAUUAGGACCCUGACGUUGUUGUCAGGGAAACAGCCAGCGCCUGUCCCACUGUCCCCAGAGGUUGACAGCUCCAUGCUGCCCUCUUUUGCUCCAGAGGUGAAGCAGGAGGUCCAGCUGUCACAAAAAGAAGAAGAGGAGGAAGAAGAAGAGGAGGUGAUCUGUAUUAAGGAGGAGCCAGCAGAGGAACAGGAAGUGAUGGCCACCCUGCUGCUGGACUGCCAGGUGCAGCGCGGUCCACCCCCACAGCCAGAGACCCCAAGGAGGGCGGCCGAGCCAACACGACCGUCAGCAGGUCAGAUCCACCUGGGAUCUGAUUUCAGCCCAGCUGGAUCCUGCAUCUAUACUCUGCCUCAGUUGGCCGGCUCCCUGCCCUCUGCUGCAGCCUUGCAGCCCGGCGGUCUGCCCCGGCAGGCGGUGCGGCCCUGGACCAAAGACCUGAGUCUGUACGAAGAAUACAAACUGCGGCGGAACGAGCUGCGGAGGAGAAACCUGAACAGGCGGCGGGAGCUGGAGAAAAGCUUGCCUCAGCCGCUGCUGGCAGACCUGGUGCGUGAGCGUCGAGAGAAGACCAGGCUGAGGGUAGCCAGGUGGAGAGCCAAGAGGAAACUGCAGGCCUGUCUGAACCAGACUCAGGCUCCAGGGGGCGCUGCUGUUGUCUCUCAGGCUGGUGUUUCUGUCAGCAGGCAGCAUCAGCAGCAUGACACUCCAUGUGCUUCCAACAACCAGCAGAGACAGAACUCAUCAUCUCCUCACACCAGCAGCUUCCUCAGCACCGUUUCUGGAAACUCCAUUCCUGCCGUCCUGCCGGCCGUUCCUUCCUCCUCCCUGAUCCUGCGGGGCCCUAACGUGUCCCCGCACGAGCACACUGUGACAUCAUCUUCUUCCUCUUCCUAUGAUCAAAUCAGCCAGUCGCCGCGGGCCAUUUUACUGACAGAUGUUCAUAUUUCACAGUGAACUUCAUGUAAAACACA